AGACGCAGACCCCACUGGCCGCCCGCAGGCAUCUCAUGGGAACCCUGCAGAGACCCUCGCAGACCCCGACGCGCACGGAUGUCCCCGCAGACACCCGCAAAGCCUACCCGAGCCUCUCAAAGGGACCCGCCACCCGCUCCAGGCGCGAUGCAGCCCUCGCAGGGGACCUCACCCACCCGAGGUGACCAGGCUGCCUUUGACGCUGACUAUGAGGCGUUCCAGUUGCCCUGGUGACGGAUCCCUUCUCCUCCGGCCUGGGUUCCAGAGGCUGCAAUCAAGUCUCCCCGCCCGCCCAGGUUCCCCUCGUUCCUCCCCCUCCCACCCUUCCCCAGACCUGGCUAGAGCUCCUUCGGGAAUUUCUGCAGGUGUUCAAGUCUCUGCUCAGCCCACAGCGCCCUGCAGCCGGGUUUCAUCCACAACUAAGAGCCUGCCCUCUCUCGAGGCUAACACUUCCCACGCCCAGCUUCAGGCAAGAUCCUGACCCAAGGACUUGCAAAAGCCACGCCGAAGCCCAAAAAUGGAAGCAGAAGAGCCUCAUACCACCAUGGAUGCAGAGGAGCACCCUUCUUCAAAGGACCCCUCUGCUGAGGACUCACAGGAGCCCCCUCUCCCUGACACCCCCUUGGAGCCUUCCAUCUCUCAUAUCCCUUUAGAGCCCCACACCGCUGCAUCUCAAACUAUGCCAUCCACUUCCCAUACUGAGUUAGAGACCUACACCUCUGAAAACCCCUUGGAGCCUUCCGUCUCUGAGACUCCUUUAGAGCCCCCCACCUCUGAAUCUCAGAUGAGGCCACCCACUUCCCAGACCCCUUUAGAGACCUACACCUCUGAAACCCUUUUGGAGCCUUCCGUCUCCAAGGCCUCUUUAGAACACUCUAUCUCUAAGGUCCCAGAGGACCUUACUUUAUAUAACUCAUCACCAGACCACGUCUCUGAUACUCUGAAGAAAGGCCUCUCCUCUGAGAUCUCAUGGCCAGGAAGUUCCACACAAAUCCGUGAAUCUGAGAUCCUUCCAGAGUAUUCCCUUUUAGACCCUACAGCCAAGGUCCACCUGGACAGAUUUGCAGAGGAAAGGGAAGAGGAAGGAGAGGACAAGGAGGGGGAGGAUGCCACUGUCAGCACCACUCACACAGCUCAGCCUGGACGUCAUCUGGGUGAUACAGCCAGUCCAGUGGUCCUUGCUAAGCAGGCAGAGCUGGUGGAAGUGCCUGAGGCGAUGCAAAGAGACAAGUUUGGUGCUCAUGUGAACAAUCCUGUCCAAUGGGAGAAGAAUGCAGCCCUGAAGGCCACCCAGACAGGUCUCUACAUUGGUUGGCGUUGCCCCCACUAUCUAUGGGACUGUUUCCGAAUUGGAGAUGAAUCCAAGUGCUUUUGUGGACACUUGCUGAGAGAGCACCGGAUCAUAUCAGACAUAUCCGUGCCUUGCAAUGUGAAUCAGUGCCGCUGCCUCAUGUUCUGCUUUAUACCAUCAAGCCCAGAGGAGGUGGGUGAGUUCUGGCUCAAGAGGCGGGCCACCUUUGAUCCCAAGGCCUGGAGAGCCCAAUGUCGCUGCAAACACAGCCAUGAAAACCAUGCAGCUACCGGGUGCCAUCCCUGCAGGGUCAAAGGCUGUUGCUGCUACUGCUUUGAGUCAAAUUUCCUCUGUGCAGCCUGUGACCGGCGUUGGGAGGAACACGAGACUUUCUUUGAGACUGAGGAGACCCGGCGACGAGGAAGGAGGCCUCGCGGGACAGACACUGUCAACAGCUUUCACAGGUCUGUGUGAGCUUGGUCCAAAUCAGCAAUAAAGGAGAAGCCACUGGA